AGUAGGGACGACACGGUGUGAGGGUCCGCAUCUGCUCUGAGGUCGUGUGGGAAACAAAAUUUUUAUUUAUAUUUAACUACUUUACGUGUUUGUUAAGUGAAAAAAAUAUAUAUAUAUAUUAACAUUUUACAACCAAGAUUUAUUACCAAAAACCUUACCUAACCAACUAGUUAAAAAAUAAAUAAAUAUUCGACUCUUCACCAAAAGGACAAUUGUACAUCAGCAAACCACAACAACGGCUUAUUACUCCACCACCAAGAUCUCUCCACCAGCUCAGUGGGUCAACCAAAGAGGAAACAAAAGGUAAUGACUGUGUUCCAUAAUCCACAACAACCUUCUUACGUAACUGAGAGCGAAUGACUGAGGACAGACGAAGGACCUCACCAGCCUAGCACCACCAUCAGCCGUCACCCUCCAGUACCUACAGGCCCGUCUCAAUCUGCCCGGCCCCGCCCCCUCGACAGUACCGCCGUUAACCUUGUCGUGACCCAGAAACUCGCCCUCAAAAAAAGCUUCCCACAAUGCACCUUGAGAUCCAAGUGGCGCUCAACUUCGUCAUCUCAUAUAUGUACAACAAAUUGCCACGGCGGAGAGUGAACAUCUUCGGGGAGGAGCUGGAGAAGGCGCUGAAGGAGAAGUUUGAGGGACACUGGUACCCUGACAAGCCUAUGAAGGGCUCCGCCUACCGCUGUCUCAAAGCCGGAGACCCCAUCGACCCCGUCCUGGAGAAGGCGGCGAGGGAGGCCGGCAUGGAGGUUCGAGAAAUCAAGGACAACCUCCCAGAGGACCUCGCCGUCUGGGUGGACCCAGGUGAGGUGUCCUACAGGAUUGGAGAGAAGGGACAGAUCAAAGUCCUGUACUCCGAGGCCGCGGAGUCCGCCACACAAGAGGAGAACCUCGACAAGGAGGUGACAAAAACGUUCAACCCAGAGGCACAGUGCUUCAAGCCUAUCGACAACCUGAGUUCGUCCCUUAGCAACGUGUCGAUCAGCCCGAAGUCGACGUCGCCAUACUCGGCCAGCUCGCCCACGCCGCCCUUCAAGCAGCGGGAGGCGUCCCCCAUCAACGCCUUCCUCAACAAGAGCUCCGCCCCUCUCACCUUUACAACCGCUACCUUUGCCCAAACAAAAUUCGGGUCCACAAAACUAAAGACGAGUACCAAGCGAGCCAACCGCAUGUCGCCCACAGAGUUCUCUCACUACAUUAAGCAGCGACAGAUGAUCCAACAACAGCAACACGUGCAGCAACAACAACAGCAGCAACAGCAGGCGGUGGCGGUAGCGACGGCCGGGUUCGGCAGUCAGUUCCCCCCGUCCAGGCCUCGCUCUCUGAGCCCCAACCCGCCCCUGGAGCCCCAGGGAGUGUACUUCCCCGGCGGCGCCCCGGGGGGCGGGGCCUACAACCCCUGGGGCCGCGGCAUGUUCGACCAGAGCUUCACGUCACCGUCCUUCUUCACCGACCUGCUGCCCCCUGCCAGCCAGCAGGCGGCAGGACCCAAGUUCCCGCCUAUGUAUGAGCCCCUGAAUGGUGGCAUGAUGGGCGGAGCCGCCCCCGGUGCCGCUUCCAUGGGCGCCGGCGACAAGGCGACAGCGCUGAACGAGGGCGUGAUGGGCGUGUACCCGGCGUCGCAAUACCAGCACCUGCUAGUGGCCAACUAGAGGACGGGCGGGCCAGUACCACCAGCAGCAGCCUCCUCCUUGUCUCCCUGACCCGCCACGGAACAAAAUCAAAAGGUGUCGCCUGAACUUGAGCGUGUCCCAGCAGGAGGACGGGCGGGCGUGUGGGCGUGUGGGCGGGGCAGCUGGCUGCUGGCCGCCACCGCCCACACCUGCACCAGCAGAUCUGACACCACCUGCCAUUAUCCUUCACCUUUUAUAAUUUUGUACUGCCUCAGGUAUAGACGAUUUGGUUUAUAGUAUAAUGACGAAUAUGCCCAUGUUUCAUAGAGUUGCCCAUGGCUAAGGUAAUAUGCCCAUGUUUCAUAGAGUUGCCCAUGGCUAAGGUAAUAUGCCCAUGUUUCAUAGAGUUGCCCAUGGCUAAGGUAAAAUGCCCAUGUUUCAUAGAGUUGCCCAUGGCUAAGGUAAAAUGCCCAUGUUUCAUAGAGUUGCCCAUGGCUAAGGUAAAAUGCCCAUGUUUCAUAGAACAAUACAAGAGUUGCCCAUGGCUAAGGUAAUUGAAAGGUUGACUUUUCAAAGCCGAUGGUUGUGAAUCUGUACAUAGGUUUUGUCUGCGAGAACAAUACGAGGCACAGACUGUUGUUGUAAGCAUGGAUAAGAUUACAUUGUUGUACAAUAUGUACCCUUUAUUAUCAUUAACAAAUAUGGCAUAUAUUUUUCUUACUUGUACAACUAUUAACUAACCGGUACGGUUUCUCUUAAGGUACGAAAACUAAAUAAUUUUGUGAUAAGAUGUGUGAUAGAAGAGUGCAGUAGCGGUCCAGUACAAAUAUACACCCGAUCUUGUUGUCCUUAUAGAGGGUGAGUCUUCACGAGGGACUUUAAAACAAAAAGAAAAAAAAAGCCAAAAAUAUGUAUCACAAUUUAACCCAAUCAGACACCACCACGCUACUGUGAACCAAAAGUAGAACCUAGACACUACACGAGUACGUAGGCCAGUCUCUCGAGGGAGGCGCUGAAGGUACUCUCGCCCGGCUUCUUCUGGCCCGGGGCUUUAAUUGCCUUCUUCAGUUCUUUGAUAUCUCAGUAGAACUCCCUCACGUCCCGAGGAGCAAGGUGGUGACACUGAGGUGGCACUGAGUGGCACUAAGGUGACAAGAUGGGCUCCAGGGUGAUUACGGAAAAGUGUGUGUACGUUCGUUGAGAAGAUAAUGACUGACCGGCUUGGAGAGAGAGCGAGCGAAAGAGUGAGAGAAAGGGAGAGAGAGAGCGAGAGAAAGAGAGAGAGAGAAAUGUAAAAAAAUAAAUAAAAACUUAUAGAAGUGGUGAUGGUUUGGAGAGGUGUUUGAGGAUAACGUUGAAUAUUUUCCUGUUACAUGUUUUAACUCUCAUAUCGACGGUAGACGAGGGUAGACGAGGGUAGAUAAAGUAGAAUACAAUUGUAGAAUAUACGAACUCGCUGGCCCCGUGUUGUCGCCGCGAGAAAUUUUAUAUUGAGUGUUUAUCUGUGUUAGUUUACAGUGAUUGUGUGAAUGACUGCUAUAAUAUUUUGGUAAACUAUUUCUACCAACUGUAGCGUAAUACCCUGUCUGCCAGCAUACAUACAUACCUUCUUUACUCAUGUUGUGUGACUCUGGGUUGGUGAUGUUUACAAGUACGUAUCUUUACUGAAGCUGGGAUGUGUGAAAGCUCAGAUUCAGGUUAAAAUACGCCAGGUCCGGGCGUUGGAUCCUAGAGAUCCAGGCUAGAAAUUGUAGAGCCACGCUAAAAUACGCCAGGUCCGGGCUAUGAUACGCCAGGUCCGGGCUAUGAUACGCCAGGUCCGGGUUAUGAUACGCCAGGUCUAGGCUAUAUACGCCAUGUCUAGCACAGAAUACGCCCAACCUGACUUAUAGACGCCUGAUCGCGAACUAGCUAUAGCAAAAAGUUAGUCAACGCGAAGAAAAAAACAACAUUUUAUCUGUAAGACUCAAGUGUGGCGAGCUCUCAGGAGGCCAGAAGCCAAGCGAGGUCGCCUGGAGGUCUGAGGGUAUCUUGGAGGCCGCCUGGAGGCUCUUAAGAGGCUUAGGGGUCUCCUGAAGGCCCACAUGGAGGCCGCCUCAACACGUAUCUGGUCGCUGCAAAACAUUAUAUAUUAAGAUAGUCUAAUGGAAAGGGCAAGAUAAUAAAAAAUAGUUAAAAAAAAAGCUGUCAAAUGACCCACGGAAAUUUAAUGACUCUGGGUCGGUUGUUUUUUGUCAAUAGUCCGGUGAUAAUCACUAUGUAAUUAAGAUUGUAAUUAGACACGCUUGGGGUGUGCCGGCAGUCAGGGGUGCAGAAGGUGGCGGCAGGCUGGCACUAGGCAGGGCUGUGUUGGUGCCACCUUACUGUAAGAGUGUCACCACCACACACAGUAAUCUGGUGUGGUGGUGAAGGCCGGUGGUGUGGCACUAUUGGUGUGCCUCCCUCCUGGGGUGUGCCACAAGGGUACAACUACCACACACUCACACACCACUGUAGUGUGAGAUGGUUGGCUGGCACCGAGGGUUGGCACUGUGUAUGUAUGUGUCCCCAUCCUGCCAGAGCACCAGCACCCCUGACACCGGUCACCGUGGCACUACAAGAAACUCUCUGUCAAAAACCAUACUUGCAUCCCCAGUCAUUAUGCAGCCCAUUCCUGUUUCAUAUAUGAAUUUGUCAUUAUUAUUGUCUUUCUAGUCACAAAGUAACUACUAUUUUUCUAAACAGUGACGCCCAACCAGGCUGUCUGCAAGUAUAAUAUAAUAUAUUCAUUUUUAUAAUUUCUUAUGUUUUUAUUAUUGUGAAAGAAUUAAUAAAUGUGUAGUUUGGAAA